AUGGCCCAGGUCGUGUGGGGCUACGACAGCGACAACGGACCCGAGCGCUGGCAUGAAAACUACCCCAUGGCCAAGGGAGACAAGCAGUCGCCCAUUGAGAUCAACAGUAAAGACGUGAGGCACGACAGUUCUCUGGGUACUUGGCACGCCAGUUAUGAUCCUGGGGCAGCGAAAACCAUCCUGAACAACGGGCGCACCUGUCGAGUCGUCUUCGACGACACUUUCGAUCGAUCAGUGCUGAGAGGCGGGCCGCUCACGGGGGCCUACAGACUGCGUCAGCUUCACUUGCACUGGGGCUCCUCUGAUGACCAUGGCUCUGAGCAUGUUAUAGAUGGGGUGAAAUAUGCAGCAGAGUUACAUAUGGUGCACUGGAAUCCAAAACAUGGUAACUUUGCUGGAGCUUUGAAACAACCUGAUGGUGUGGCUGUUGUGGGCAUUUUUCUUAAAGUUGGAAAAACUCCCAAACCAGAGAUGAAGAGAAUUCUUGAAGAAAUUGAUAACAUUAAGACCAAGGGGAAAGAGGCUCCUUUUAAUCACUUUGAUCCUUCAAUUCUUUUCCCCAAAUCUCGGGACUACUGGACCUACCACGGUUCAUUCACUACACCCCCUUGUGAGGAAUGCAUCACUUGGAUUCUCCUGAGGGAGCCCAUUGAAGUCAGUUCAGACCAGAUGGCAAGGCUCCGUAGCCUUUCCAAGAACGGUGAGAAUGAACCUGUGAACCCACUGGUUGAUAACUGUCGCCCACUUCAGCCUUUGAAGGGCAGGAUAGUGAGAGCCUCGUUCAAGUGA